CCAUGGGGAGCAGGGGGAAAACUUUCUAUACUGACAUGUUAGCGCAAUGACUUUUGAGUAACAUCUAACUGGGACGAGGCUCCCGGCGUGAGGAGGACAGGGCCCUUUUUUGUCGGGAAUAAAUAUUAUUAAAAAAAAAAAAAAAAAAAAAAAAAAAAAAAAAAGGAGCACUUGCAAUCUGCCGGGGAAACGGGAACGAGAAGCAAGACGGCAAAAGAGUUGAGACCAGUCCAAGAAAAGAAACAGCGGUGGAAAAUCCAGUUUAGCCAUUUGAAUUGAAAGAUGAGCUUGUUGUCUGCCAUAGACACGAGUGCCUCCGUGUACCAGCCUGCGCAACUUCUCAACUGGGUCUACCUCUCCUUGCAAGACCCCCACCAGACCAGCGCCUUUGACGCAUUCAGACCCGAGCCCAACUCUUCCCACCCGGAUCUCAGUUUCAGCAAGACUCCCGCAGCGGCGGACUUGAGCUCUUCCCUGAACACCAACUAUCUCAACAACUUCUUUCAGCUGCAGCGGAACGAGGCCUUAAACAACAACGUGUAUAAGAAUGUGUCACCCUAUGGCUCCCUGAACAACAUCGUGGAUGGACUCAACUCCCUGACGGACCAUUUUUCAGACCUUUCCCUUUCUUCAGAGCCAAGGAAACCAAACAAAAGACCCCCUCCCAACUACUUAUGCCACCUGUGCUUCAACAAGGGCCAUUACAUCAAAGACUGCCCUCAGGCCAGACCCAAAGGUGAAGGGCUGACACCGUACCAGGGGAAGAAGAGAUGCUUCGGAGAGUAUAAGUGCCCCAAGUGUAAGAGGAAGUGGAUGAGUGGCAACUCCUGGGCAAACAUGGGACAAGAAUGUAUCAAAUGCCACAUCAACGUUUAUCCACACAAACAGCGCCCUUUAGAGAAGCCGGACGGCCUGGACGUUUCUGACCAGAGUAAGGAGCACCCGCAACACCUGUGCGAGAAAUGUAAAGUCCUGGGCUACUACUGCCGCCGUGUGCAAUAAUCAUCUUUAUUCAGAGUCUUUGAGCACAAGUCCCAUUGCUCAUCCUCCAUCGAGGCUGUUAACUUCCUCCUCAUCCCUGCCCUGCACACAACAUGGCAGCCUUUCCUCCUCACGUCUUCCCACCCUUCUCUUAGAAGUCUACAAAUAUAGACAGUAGCUCUAAUCCUUUCAGCCCCUUUCCUCAAACAUGUUUUGUUUUGUUUUUUCCAAUGACAGUAUUGAAGAUUACACCCAGGAAUAAGAGGAACAUGUUAAUUUAGGCUCAAUCUCUGCAAGUGCUCUUCAUCAAAAGCAAAAGAAACUUGCCAAAUCAGUGACUUUUUUCGUGCCUCAUGUAUCAGAAACCACAUAACCCAAUUGAUCCAACUUGAUGUUUAACAGCAACGUAUCAUGCAUUGAUAAAUAAGCAUGUAUUUCAAUGGUGUCACUGACAUAAUUGGUCUAAAAUAAUUACCUCACCUUGGGGUUUGUUGGCUUUGUGUUUACAGAGAUCAGCCUUCCAUUUCCCUGCCAAGUGAAGUGUGCGGUAAUGUGACGAACGUUUAACCCGGGCCUCUCAUGAUGGUAUAAUGUAUACGAGGCCUUUGAUGUCGUGCCGUAUUAGGGUCAACAGCACAUCUUAUUAACUGUGAAUUAACUGAGGGACAAUGUGCCAUACAUCCCUAGCUUACAUUUGGCCUAUUUAUUUUCUUGUUGUCUAGUGUGCAAUUUGAAUUUUAACUGGGACAUAAAGAAACGUGUUUUUUUUUU